AGCAGGGAGUCGUAAAGUAUUUUACGACUCCCUGGUGCAAAGAAUUUUCAGUGCUGCAAGUGACCGUGGAAAGAAGUGUUUGCCAGGAAAGCAGGGGAGAGAGAGAGGGGAAGCCGAACUCUUGCAUGCAACUAUUACUUGAGGAGCUUGGUUUGGUAGCUGAUAAAACUGUCGGUGGAUUCAACCGUUGCUGUUGCUGGAGUUUGGACUGUGACCCUCAACGCGCGCACUGCUACCGGGAGGCAUAAAAAUAUUUUUGUAAGUUUUCUGGAGCAGUUGCCCAUGUGGAAACAACAGAAGCAUCGUGAAGCAGGGAAGUUUUUGUGUGUCGCCAACCAUCACCGAGCUUCGUUCUCCGGCUGAAAGGGGCUGGAAUUUCCGUGGCUAAUACGACCAAGACCAGAUCAGGUAAAUUGGGUGUUCCUUGGCGGGGAAAACUUCCGCCGCUUGUCUAGCAAUGGAAGCGCCGCAAGACGAGACGGAAAAUACAACGAAAGGUGGCCUUCUCGAUGAUGAUGAGGAAGAACAGCUAUUGUACGAGUCGGAGACUGGAGAAGAUUUACUGGACGACGGCAUGGGCUUAGAGCUUCAUCCAGAGAAUGAUUUAGAUCUGCAGCCGGAUGUGUCUAGCUCGUCAUUGCCGGUCGACGAGGAGAGUGCAGAUGAGAAGAGACCAGCGGCAGGUGCCACAGCAACUACAGCACCUUCCGCACCAGCAGCAGCGGCGGCGGCCGUGGAUGAGGAGGAUGACACGGACGGUGAGCUCCCAGACUCGGAUACUGAGCAAGAUUCGGCCAUUCCCACGACUCCUGCUGCCGAGGAGACGGCGUUCCUGUCUCAGCGCUCCUCGCCUGGCUCCCGUCAGUCGUCCACAGAUUCGAGUAGUAGCUCCAGAUCGAGGGAUGCAAAACCCACAACCGAAACACGCUCGCCUGACAAACGCAGACAUGAUGAUGUCCGUGCUGGAGAUCGGUCCCAUCGCCGACAGCCGGAAUCCAGUAGUAGCAGCGCGGUUGGUGGCAGCAAGUCAAGAAGGUAUGAUGAGGCUGAUGUGUCGUCACGCCAAGGAAGCGUGGCAGACAGACACCGCUCGUCCAGGCAUGCAGAGUCUCAUUCAGAAACAUCGUCCUCGUCACGCACGCGCCAUUAUCAGGACAAGCCACCAUCGCGGCAUUCCGAGGCGUCCCUCAAGCACUCGGAGGGCGGGCGCAACAGUCCCCUGCCCGACUCCAGGCGCCAGCUGAAGCCCGGCCGCAAUGUUGUGAUUGUUCCGAACGAGACAGCUGGUCCGUCUCGCUCCCGGGAUCGCCGUGACCAGCCGACCACCGAUGGCAGCUCAGCAGAGGUUCGCGCUCAACCGGAUAGUCGCCAUCAUUCGCAAAGUAGCAGCAGCAGCAGCACUCACAAACACUCUUCUAUGUCGGCCGCCAAGUCUCGCAGCACUCGCGAGCACACUAGCCGAUCGCCUUCGCCGGUGGCUCGCUCCUCCGUGUCUCAUCCGUCACGCGAGUCUGAACGCAGCCGCUCCUCUCAUCAAUCACACAACCUGGACCCGGGAAGACGCCACGAAGUCGCCGGAGCUCGAUCAGGUGCUGCCGACCGUUCACCACGCCACCCUCACGAGUCGUCGAGUAGUAAAAGUCGAGUCGACGCCGGUGAAAAGUCUUCCCGGAGCUCUGGCUCGGCCGCCAAUAGCCGUUCGGAGCCGUCGUCGCGGAGCUCAAAGGACGACACGGCUGCUCGCCAGUCUUCAGGUGCUUCCGGUGUUGACUCCCGUCAGCAGUCGUCUCGUCGUUCUGGUGACGAUCAUCGCCAGUCGUCUGGCUCCGGGCGCUCCUCCCGACCGGACGCUAGCUCAUCUAGCUCAACGUCUCGCUCUGGUGAGAAGCACGCCAGCAGUCAUCAUCACUCUGACAAACAUGCAGUCACUACUUCUAGUACUACUACUAGUUCCAGGUCUGAGCACUCAUCAUCAAAACAUGGGACGACUACCUCUUUUGGUUCUGGUUCUGGUUCUGGUUCUGGUUCUUCAAGCAGCCGACAUCGUCCAGUAGCUGAAGUAGCAACAAGCAACAGCAGCGGUAGCUCUUCUUCACGAAAGGUUGAGUCACGGAGCUCCAGGGAUGCUGAUCGGCAGUCUCGCAAGUCCCAGAGUCCGCCACGGAGAGAUGGCACUCACAGCAGCUCCAGUGCUAAAGGCCAUACUAAUCCUAUCCAGAGCCGUUUAUCGGCCAUUGCUGGCGGUGCUACACAGCAUCAAGACGAUGCACACCAUCAGCAGCAGCACGGCAGUCAGUCCUCACGGAAGCGACAUGCCCGUAGCCGAUCGCCGCCAGACACAGAACGCCCUGCAGCAGCGGCCACCGCUGGCUCUGCCGGCGCCUCGAAGCGCACCAGAGACGACACGUCGUCGCGUGCUGAGCAGGAAGAGCGUGCCCUGUCAUCUGCAUCGAAGAAGCAGGACAGGCGCUCCAGGGAUGCUGGGCAUGACCACCACGGCGGCAGUAGGCACUCGGCUGAACGACGUGCCUCCAGUCCCGAGCCCAGCCGUCAGCAAGAGCCCUCUGGUAAGACAUCUAGCCUUGCCAGGAGUCCACUGCCGCCGAGCAAGAAAUCCAGGACCAGAGAGACAGCGGCCGAAGAAUCGCCACCUCCACCCCCGCCGCCACCUCCGCCGGCAGCAGCAGGAGGUGAACCGCGCUCAUCUGCCACUGCUCCAGGCUUGCCUGCUGCUGCGGAUGAUUUCCGAUCGCAGCGACCAGCGCCACGCAGCGUGAAGGCGGCGCGUGCAGCUGCUCGUUCAUUGGACUUGCCCCCACCUCCGCCGCCCAGUGAGCCACCGCCUCCCAAGAAAAGGAAGCGCACAGUCGCCGCCUCCGCCAGCAGUCGCUCUGAUGCUCCUUCGGAGGAGAAGAAGGCUGUUCCAGCCACGAUGUCAUCUCAAUCGACAUCUGGCGAGAAUGGCGCAGGACAGUCGCAAGUAUCCAAUUCCUCGUCUCAGUCAGCGGCGGAAGUUUCGGGCAAUUCUACCAGAAAGAGCUCGUCUAGCAAGAGAAGUCAUUCUCCGCCGCCAAGUGUCCUUCAUGCUGUGAGUAUGGAUGAUAAGAAUGAAGCUUCGGCUGAUACUGAUAUUGUACCUGCAUCUUCAGCUGCUGAUCAAUCCUUGCCAUCUCAUGCCGAUGACGCAAGCAAGCAGACGGCAGAGUCUCCAGCGCCUGCCUCUGCUGACAAUCAAUCUGCCGAUGAGAGCUUUGCAUCCAUGGAUGAUGCUGAGCUGGAGGAGGAGGUGCGGAAACGUAACCUGGACCUCGCCAACUUUGAGGGCAGUGGUGAGAGCGACGUUGACAGCGAUAGCGACAGUGACCGAGGAGGGCGCCGCGGUGCUAAUGCUGAUGACGGUAGUGAUGCCAGCUUCUUCUCUGAAGAUGAUAUGGAUAUCCUUGAAUGUGGCAAGGGCGGAAACUCUUGUAGUUCUUUCUCGUCCUCUUCGACUUCGUCGUCAUCGUCGUCGUCGUCAUCUUCAGGGUCCUCGUCCGAAGAUGACAGCUCAUCUCGCUUCAACAGCCCACUGAGAAUGGGAUCGGAGUCCCGUGACAAGCAGCCUGGCUAUGGUAGUGAUGAGCAGCAGCAUGUUAGUGGCAGUGGUAACGGUGGACGCCGGCGUUCUUCAAGUCACGCCGCUCCCGCUCGCCACACUGGUGAACGUGACAGCGAACAGGAGCGUCGUCACAUGCAACGAGAGCGCAGCUGGGAACGUCGCCGCCAGCUGAUUGCAGAUUCUCGCCAUGAUGGCGGCGGUAGUGGUGGCAGGCAUGAGCGCCGUAGACGCACCCCGCCGCAGCAACCUAGUCCACAGCGGUUUGCCGGCGAACACAGCCGACCCAACAAGAACGCACAGAUUAUGGAGAGGCUCUACGAGGAGUAUGGUGUGCAGCUGGAUGAGUACCUGAACCGGGCACGGUCGCUAGAAGGUAUGCACCGGCAGACACCUCGCGAGCGUACUCGCAUGGUCGGGCGCCUGUGGUCGCGGCGCGCAUCACGCCUACAGCUGCUCGACGAGCUCUCGCACUUGUACAAACUGGAUCGCCAGGGGCGCCUGCGACCGAACAGUGGUCACCGUCCUUCGCCGAGUAGAAUGCCUGGCAACAGGAGAGGACGGAUGUUUGACAGCGGCGGUCCUCGACCGAGCAGAAACCGACAUGACCCUCCGCGUCGAUCAGGUGGAUUCCAUGACGGAGGUGGUGGUGGCGGUAACAGGCAUGGUGCUGGUCCUCGGCAUGGUGCUGGUCCUCCGCCUGGCGCUGACUUUAGGCGCGGCGGUCGUGAUUCCUACGCUCACGGCUUUGAUCGACGCUCACCGCCUCCGCUGCACCAGUCACCGGCGCAUUUCAGGCGCGACUUUGGCCGUUCGCCACACGACAACGUACCUAUGUCGCCGAGUAGGUCCGUGCGAACUGUACGCCGUGUGCAGCUGACGCCCACCAACUCUUCCGCUGGCAACGCGCGACACGGCAGAGAUAUGCCCAGGCACGAUGCUCCUCCUCCUCCACAUCAUCAUGAUCGACGUCAUUAUAGAUCUCCAUCUCCGUCGCCACGUUCUCGCCACAAGAUUGCGCCGUACGACAGGCGUCGCUAGCUUUUCAUGUAAACUCUCGCCAUAUACUCACGUUUCUUCUGGCACGUAAAAUUUCCUGCCACGUUUGGCUUGUUUUGUCUUAUUUUAAAGUUUGUGAAAUUUCUACUCUAUAUCUGUGUUAUUGCUGUCCGUGAGUCCCUGCCAGGCUGACUUUUUUCUUCUUUUUUUGCUACCAGGAUCUGGCUGGCGCUGCUGUUGCAGUGUUCAGAUGUCCCCAUGCAUCGAGUGUGUGCAUGUGCGAAGCCAUCUGUCUGACGGCUCACUCCUUGUUUGUAUGAUUGUACACUCGUUUAUUUUACCCUGUCCGUUUUCCAGCUUUAGAUUUACGCAGUUGCCCUUCUUUUCUGACAGGGGCUUUCCUGACUUGCUUCGUGCAUACAUACUUGCAUGUACUGAAGUAUUACAAUGCACUAAGUCUUGUACCUAGCACGUAUUGUUUACAUGUGUCAGGUCAAGUGCUCUUCGAGAAUAUUUUGCGUUCCACUA